AUGAGUCUUCGUACUCUCGACGAGCAGCACCUGCUCAGAGGGAAUACGCCACAGGAAAACGACACGAUCACGACAUUCGAACCCAUGCACACCUCAGGUUCCCCCCUAAACCUCAUCAGUCGCACCGAGACAGAGAACCUCCGCAGGAUCGCAACCAACCAGUCCAACAAGUCCCGGCGGCGGUCAAGUGUCUACAAUCCUCCCUCGAACAAUGCGAUUCAAGAAACCCGCGGCUCGGAAUCCUCCAGAGAGCUCGAACCAGAACUCGACCCUACAUCGCCGGACUUUAACCUGGAGCAAUGGCUCAAAGCCGUUGUUGCUGACUUUGAACUGAGGGGCCAGUCAGGGGUUCGAGGCGGGAUACUCUUCCAGCAUUUGAAUGUCUCGGGAUCUGGCUCUGCCCUUCAAUUGCAAGGGACUGUUGGUGGGAUGCUAUCGGCCCCGUUCCGGAUCCCGGAACUGCUCCGGCAAAGACGAUCUCCCUCCCGGCGCAUUCUCAACGACUUUAAUGGCGUGAUGAAAAGUGGAGAGCUGUUGCUUGUCCUUGGCCGACCGGGAGCUGGCUGUAGCACCUUGCUCAAGACUAUCUGUGGGGAGACCAAUGGUCUUGAUAUUGAAUCGUCGAGUGUUCUGCAUUAUAAUGGCGUUUCGCAACCACGGAUGAUGAAGGAGUUCAAAGGCGAAGUUGUCUACAAUCAGGAGGUCGACAAACAUUUCCCCCACCUGACCGUCGGCCAAACCCUCGAAUUUGCCGCCGCCGCCAGAACCCCCGCAACGCGCUUCCGGAACAUGACCCGCGAUGAAUCCGCCAAAUACGCAGCGCAAGUCAUCAUGGCCAUCUUUGGCCUCAGCCACACAUACAAUACGAAAGUUGGAAACGACUUUGUGCGCGGCGUCUCGGGUGGAGAGCGGAAACGCGUGAGUAUUGCUGAGAUGGCGCUGGCUGCUACGCCCUUUGCCGCCUGGGACAAUUCGAGUCGUGGAUUGGACUCGGCGACUGCGCUCAAGUUCGUCGAGGCCUUGCGGCUCAUGGCUGAUCUUGCGGGCACGGCGCAUGCGGUUGCGAUCUACCAGGCUAGUCAGAGUAUCUAUGAGGUGUUUGACAAGGUGACUGUUCUGUAUGAGGGACGACAGAUUUUCUUCGGCCACGUCUCUAAAGCGAAGGAGUUCUUCGAACGACAAGGGUGGGAUUGUCCAGCUCGACAAACGACCGGAGACUUUCUUACUUCUGUCACGAAUCCGCAGGAGCGUCGAGCGCGGGCUGGUAUGGAGAGCACCGUGCCACACACGCCAGAGGACUUUGAGAAGUACUGGCUCCAGUCGGCUGAAUACAAUGAACUUCUUCAGGAACUGGCAGAGUUUGAGAAAGAGCACCCACCAGGCGAUGAUGACGCAGCAGCAGCAGGCUUUCGCCGGCGAAAGCACGAGGCUCAGUCCAAUCACACUCGGCCUGGCUCGCCAUACCUGCUGAGCGUGCCCAUGCAAAUCAAACUCAACACGAAGCGUGCCUACCAACGAGUCUGGAACGACCUCUCAAGCACGAUGUCGAUGGUUAUUGGAAAUAUCAUCAUGGCGCUCAUCACCGGCUCUGUCUUCUACGGCACUCCCGACACAACCGCAGGAUUCGCUGCAAAAGGUGGCGUUCUGUUCUUCGCUGUUCUCCUCAAUGCACUCACUGCCAUGAGCGAAAUCAACAACCUCUACGCCCAACGCCCAAUUGUCGAAAAGCAAGCCUCCUACGCCUUUUAUCACCCUUCAACAGAAGCCAUAGCCGGAGUCGUCAGCGAUGUCCCCGUCAAGUUCGUCGUCGCAGUCGCCUUCAACAUCAUCAUGUACUUCAUGGCGAAUCUCCGCCGAGAACCUUCGCAGUUCUUCAUCUACUUCCUGAUCUCCUUCAUCAUCAUGUUCGUCAUGAGCGCCGUCUUCCGCACAAUGGCCGCCCUCACAAAAACAGUCUCACAAGCCAUGGGUCUCGCCGGUAUAUUGAUUCUCGCCCUCAUCGUCUACACAGGCUACGUCCUCCCCAAACCGUCUAUGCAUCCCUGGUUCGAAUGGAUCCACUACAUCAACCCAAUCUACUACGCGUUCGAAAUCCUCAUCGCAAACGAGUUCCACGGGCGAGACUUUCCCUGUGCGGCCUUCGUCCCCGCGUACGCGGAUCUCGACGGGAACAGCUUCUCGUGCUCGAUUCAGGGAUCCCUUCCCGGUGAAACCACCGUUAGCGGGGAUCGGUAUAUUCUGUUCAACUGGGAUUACAGCUACGACCAUGUCUGGCGGAACUUUGGCGUUCUCGUCGCGUUCCUCAUUGGGUUUAUGGUUAUCUACUUUGUGGCUUCGGAGUUGAAUUCGUCGACGACGAGUACGGCUGAGGCAUUGGUUUUCCGGCGGGGUCAUGAGCCGGAGUAUAUGCGUCCUGGGUAUACUAAGCCAAGCGAUGAAGAGAACUCCAUUGAGCUUGGCUCCGUCGAGCCUGCGACGGAGACCCAGACGGCUGAGCAACUUCCACUCCCACCGCAGCAGGACAUCUUUACCUGGCGGGACAUUUGCUACGACAUUGAAAUCAAAGGCGAGCCUCGCCGGCUGCUGGAUCAUGUCUCUGGUUGGGUGAAACCUGGUACGCUUACUGCCCUCAUGGGCGUUAGUGGUGCCGGAAAGACUACCCUCCUCGACGUCCUCGCUCAUCGAACAACCAUGGGAGUGAUUACAGGAGAUAUGUUCGUCAACGGGAAAAGUCUUGAUGCGAGCUUCCAAAGGAAGACGGGCUAUGUUCAGCAGCAGGAUUUGCACCUGGAGACUGCUACCGUCCGCGAGUCCCUAAGGUUCAGCGCUGCACUCCGCCAACCACCGAGCGUUUCGAUUCAGGAGAAAUAUGACUACGUCGAAGAUGUCAUUCGGAUGCUCGGCAUGGAAGACUUUGCAGAGGCGAUUGUCGGUGUUCCAGGUGAAGGAUUGAAUGUCGAACAGCGCAAGUUGUUGACGAUUGGAGUCGAGCUGGCUGCGAAGCCGAAGCUUCUUCUGUUCCUUGACGAGCCGACUAGCGGCCUCGACUCCCAAAGCUCCUGGGCAAUCUGCUCCUUCCUUCGCAAACUAGCCGACAGCGGCCAGGCGGUCCUCUGCACAAUCCACCAACCGAGUGCGAUCCUCUUCCAGGAAUUCGACAAGCUCUUGUUCCUCGCCAAGGGUGGUAAGACGGUGUACUUUGGUGAGAUUGGAAGCAACUCACGUACCCUUCUCGACUACUUCGAGUCCAACGGCGGGCGCAAGUGUACCGAAGCUGAGAACCCCGCGGAAUACAUGAUUGAAGUCGUCAAUGCCAAAACGAAUGACCAGGGAGUCGACUGGUUCGAUGUUUGGAAGCAAAGUCCCGAGAGUCGGGCUGUUCAGGAUGAAAUUCAACGGAUCCACCAAGAGAAGUCGUCGGCACAACCAGAACAGGACGGGAAAGAGAGCAUGAGCCACGCGGAAUUCGCCAUGCCGUUUUGGUUCCAGCUCAAGGUUGUCACGAUCCGUGUAUUCCAACAGUACUGGCGUAUGCCCGAGUACAUCAUUUCGAAAUGGGGACUUGCAAUUAUGGCUGGUCUCUUUAUCGGUUUCUCGUUCUAUGAUGCGGCGCCCUCGCUUGCUGGCAUGCAGAACGUCAUAUUCUCGCUGUUCAUGGUUUGUUCCAUUUUCGCUUCUCUCGUUCAACAGAUUAUGCCCCUCUUCGUAACCCAACGCUCCCUCUACGAAGUCCGCGAACGCCCUAGCAAAGCCUACUCGUGGAAAGCCUUCAUGAUCGCCAACAUGGUCGUCGAAAUCCCCUACCAAGUCAUGAUGGGGAUCCUCACCUACGCCUGCUACUACUACGCCGUCGUCGGAGCCAACCAAUCAUCCGCCCGCCAGGGCCUCGUCUUGCUCUUCUGCAUCCAAUUCUACGUGUACGCCAGCACGUUCGCGCACAUGGUUAUUGCCGCACUACCUGACGCACAGACGGCUAGCACGAUUGUUGUGCUUCUUUUCUCAAUGUGUCUUACUUUCUGUGGUGUCAUGCAGCCUCCGGCGGGGCUACCGGGUUUUUGGAUCUUCAUGUAUCGCGCGUCUCCGUUUACGUAUUGGAUUGGAGGCAUGUCUUCGACGCAAGUGCACGGCCGCGAAGUCGUCUGUUCGUCCAAGGAGUUAGCGACCUUUGACCCGCCCGGCAACCGAACAUGCCAGGAAUACAUGGCCGAGUAUAUCGGUCUCGCGGGAGGCUCGUUGCAGAACCCUGAUGCGACUUCAGGAUGCAGUUACUGCUCGCUGACCGUUGCCGACCAGUAUCUUGCGGGCAGUCAGAUAUAUUGGUCGGAGCGAUGGCGCAAUUUCGGGCUCAUCUGGGUUUAUGUUGCGUUUAAUGUUGCGGCGGCCGCGAUUCUCUAUUAUCUCUUCAGGGUGCGCAAGUGGGAUCUUGCUGGGCUGAAGAAGAGGGUUGGGAAGAAGUGA